UUAUGGGUGGGAUUUUCUGAGAGGCGUUGCCGCAUUAGAAGCGAGUAGACUUUUAACCACCGCAGCCAAGCAAUAGUUCAUACAAACGCAUUUGCAGCCGCCUACAGUGAACUUCUUCUCAAUUUAGCCUGAACCUUUCAUUAUGGCCAACUACAUUCAUGUACCCGAAGAGGCGCCCGCUGUACCCAAAAUAGAUGUCACAUUAGACGAGAACGAUUACAGAUCUGGUGCGUUGAGACUGAUCAAGGAACUGAGACCGUUCUGGAAACCAUCCGAGGUCAAAAUGAAGUUCUUCACAGAUGGAAUCACCAAUAAGUUGCUGGGCUGCUACGUGGGCGGGGUCAUGCAGGAUGUGGUCCUGGUGCGUAUCUAUGGCAACAAGACAGAGCUGUUUGUGGACCGGGAGAACGAGGUGAAGAGUUUCCGGACGCUCCACGCACACCGCUGCGCCCCGCGUCUCUACUGUACCUUCAACAACGGCCUCUGCUAUGAGUUCCUACAGGGCCAGGCACUGGAACCUGAACACAUCCGGAGCCUGCCCACGUCCAGGCUCAUCGCGAGGCAGCUGGCUAAGUACCAUGCCAUCCAUGCUCACAACGGAUGGGUGCCCCAGUCAGACCUGUGGCUGACAAUGGGCAAGUACUUCGCCCUGGUGCCCAAGUUCUUCCAAGACCCAGAGAUGAACAUAAGGUUAAACAGUGAGGUGCCUAGUCGAAGGCGACUGAGGGAAGAGAUGGUGUGGAUGCAGCAGAGUCUGUCUGUGCUGGGCUCUCCUGUAGUCCUCUGCCACAACGACCUGCUGUGUAAGAACAUAAUCUAUAAUCAGCAAGGAGAAAAUGUCAAGUUCAUUGACUACGAAUACGCUGGGUACAAUUACCAAGCCUAUGACAUUGGGAACCACUUCAAUGAGUUUGCAGGUCUGAAUGAGGUGGACUACAGUCACUACCCAGAGCGGAGUUUGCAGCUGCAGUGGCUGCGCUCCUACUUGGAGGCCUAUAAGGAACACAAAGGUCAAGGGUCAGAGGUCACUGAGACAGAGGUGGAGGUGCUCUACGUACAGGUCAACCGCUUUUCCCUGGCAUCUCAUUUCUUCUGGGGCCUAUGGGCUCUGAUUCAGGCCGAGUUCUCCACCAUUGACUUUGACUUCCUGGGAUACGCAGUCCUUCGCUUCAGCCAGUAUUUCAAGAUGAAGCCAGAGGUUGCAGCGCUGAACUUUCCAGAAUAAAAGUUCUCCCUAUCUGGUCCUCAUGUCCACCGUAGAGUGCCCUCUAGAGGGUGUCGGAAAGAAGACCCGGAGAGAGCCUAGUCCACACUUCCUGUGGAUUUCAUUCGGCACUCACUAGAGACUCAUAGAACCCUAUGGGAACUUAUAGAACCCUAUGGGAACUUGUAGAACUAUAUUAGAACUCCUAGAACCCCAUGGGAACUUAUAGAACUAUAUGAGAAAUCAUAGAACCCUAUGGAAACUCACAGAACCCUAUGGGAGCUUAUAGAACUCAUAGAACCCUGUGAGAACUUAUAGAACCCUAUGGGAACUUAUAGAACUAUAUGAGAACUCAUAGAACCCUUUGAGAACUCAUAGCUGUUAGAAACCAUGACUCACCAUCCAUUGACACUCCACAGGGCCAAUUCCAUAGCAUCACUGCUACAGACAGAGCCCUACCUAGCUCGCUAUAGAAGCCUAGAACCAUACACUUCUUCAUAAAGACUAAAGUCUUUAAUUAAGACCCAGUCCUCCAAAAUGUCUAAAUAUGCAAGGGGAAAAAGAGCACUAUCAUGGCUUUUUUUUGUUGUUGUUAAGAACAACCAAAUGAAAACUGUCACGUAAAAUAUGGUGAAUUCAGUGUGACAUUCCAGUAGCAUCUCUCACCCCAGUCUGUGCCCGCACACAGGGGUAACUCACAACAGGGGAGACCUGGACCAACUCUGUAACUUGUCUCCUGUGUUGUGCUGCUGACUGACUGGGAAUAUUAGUGUGCGUGGGCUCACUCCGAGCCAUUCCUAUUGGAUAUAUACAUCUCUUGUCUGGGCUAACUGGUCCACUGAUUAUUUAGUCACCAGUAUAUCUGUUGGUUUAAUGGUAGGCUAUAUAGUAAGUUACCAAUAUGUGUUGGUGCACUUGGUAUAGUCACCAAUAUAUAUUUGUUGGUUAAAUGGUUAGAUUCACUUACAUACUGUCUCCUAGGUAACAAACAGGAGGGCAUCCAUCUUGUUUACAUUCUGUUCCCCUGACUGAAACGACGUCCACUUCCCUACCGUAACUAGGCUGUAGUUUGAUUCAUGGGAAAUGUGUCGUCAUGACGACGGCCAGGAGUAUUUCCUGACCAUUUCCUGGGGAAACUCUGACCAGAAGAAACUCGGGGCCUUCUGGUCUGGAAACCCACCAAGCCCUAGUCAUGACUGUUAUGUUCACUGUAUUAAGUCGUUUAGAUUCACUUUUUGUUUUAUCAUGUAACCUCACGGGGCAGUUGCAUUUGACUCGACUCAGCCUAAUCCUGGACUAAAAGGCACUUUCAAUGGAGAGUUGAUGUUCAAUGGCGUCACCAUUGGGAGUGAUUUUUAGUCGAGGAUUAUAAUCUUAAGAUGGUAUAUUGUUGCCUGGCUACCCAUCCACAUCACUCCGGCCAACUGAAGUUUCUUCUCCAUGAUGAGUCUGGAUUUGCCUCCCUCCCUGAGGAUUUCUAGAAUGUGGACACAUUCUGACCGUUCUGAUUGGUCCCAGAAACUGAUGGGUUGGGCCAGAUCCGGGCCUUCAUGGAUGACGUUAUCAACUUUGCUACUCUGGUUAGAUUUUGUUCGACCAUCCAGUCGCUGUUGAAUUUGUUUUGUACAAUGCCCCUCAUUUUGAAGUCACACAGACAACUUCUAGGGUGGCAGUUUCAGACUGAAUGUAUGUAGGGAUCGAUAGAGCAGCGAAAUGAAAUUCAGGGUGAGUUGUCUGACAAGGUUUAGUGCAAUUAUCUGUGAGACAACUGAGGUAAGACCUAUGGAUUGGAGGACCAAUGGCUUUGGUAGGGAGUGUCUUUGAAAUAUGUAUCUUUGACUGAAAGAUUCUCUCUAACGGUAUAGUACUUCACGUCUUCAUCUGUUUAUAAUGUAUGCGCUGCUUGGUUCCGGAAGUUCUUUACGACAAAAAGUUCAUCUACUAGGUCAAAACCAACCUACACCAAAGUGCUGAUCUUUUUUGCUUGUACAUAAUUGCACAUUGUAUUUUUCCAUUUAGAAAUAAUAAUAUUGAUAAUGUACAAUAUUUACUUUUUAAAGUGCAGUUUUAUACCUAUUUAAGUGAGCAUCUGUUUUCUGACUGGGAGGUCUUGGAGUGUGUUAAAACAGAUUCAAUGUUAGUCAGGGCAGGUCUAUGUUGUUACUGCAUAGAUGCCUGGAUGAAGAGACCUCUUGAUAGGCUGCUGAAAUAGCACCCUAUACCCUACAUAGUGCACUACUUUUGACAUGGGGCGCUGGUCACCAGGGGUGCAGUGUAUAGGGGGCUAUUUCGGAUGAAGACAGACUGUAUUUUCCAUUCAUACUCAACACUUCCAUGCCAACGGUAUCAGUCUGCAGACUUGCAGCCGUGGUCCUAGGGGGUGCUAGCACCUGUGAGAACCGCAUUUCAAGGCACCUUUCAGGAAGUGGCUGCGAGUCUCCAGACCGAUGCCUCUCCCUAUACCCUACGCUCCUGACCUGUGCAGCCCUCUACAUGUAAAGUGAACCCCGUCUACUAUAGCGACGAAACCAACUGGGAAGUCAGCCAGGCAUUACAGUAUAUGCCUGUCUUAACUCUGUUCACUUUUGAUUUGAGCAUGCCUUUUAUUUUGAUGUGGCUUUGUUUUAAUGAUAAUCAACAUGUCUGUUUUCUGGGUCUGUGACUGCAGUGUCUGAGAUGUUCGGUCUAUGUUCCUUCACUGGGAAAUGGGAGGACGGGUCACAAAUGGGUGGUUGUCGAUCAGAUCCUAACUUGAGAUGUUGCACGUUAAGUUGCUCAACUUUUGUGAAAGUUCUCUACUGACAUCUGAGCAUGGAUUUCUGACAAGGUUUAAUUUACACUUGACUCAAGUUAGGGUUGUCCUUGUCUGCGGACUGUGCCAUGUUUUUAAUCACACAGGGUGCACAAAUAGUGCUGAAAUAUACUGUCAAAUUGUACAGCUGUAGCCUACACACGUGCGCUAUAAUGUUACAAAGAAAUCAUAAAAACACUUCGUAAAGCAAGUCUGUUUCCCUGUUGAGUUUCAUUUUGAAAUGAACAAAACCACUGUUUAAAAAAAAAACGCAACAAUACUUUCAGCUUACUCAAUACUGGUCUGCUUCUUUAAAACUUGUAUAAAUGCUCUAUUCUUAUUUCUUCUCUGGCAUUUGUAGCAUAUGUGUAUAUGUACAUUUCAAAAUCAAAUGUAAUAUCUUUGCUUGGACUGUCAAAUGUGAAUGACUGUACAUAGUUUUUUUUUUCUAAACAUUGCUCUAACAUCAAUUAGUCUUUUGUUUAACUGUGAAAUAAUCAAACUUUUGAAUACUGUACACAAGUGCUGUGAAAGGAGAUUAAAGUCUAUUACCGUG